UGUUGCAGAACGGGAUCGGAGUGGCUGAAAUUGUAUCCGCAAGGAAUACGAAAACUCUUGAACUACAUCAAGGACCGGUACGGGAAUCCGGAAGUGAUCAUCACGGAGAACGGGAGCAGCGACCGGGCCGGGAACCUGGACGAUGCCCUCAGGAUCUACCAGCUCAAACAUUACAUCAACAACAUCCUCAAAGCCGUGCUGUUGGACGGAUGCAACGUGAUUGGAUACACGGCUUGGUCGCUCAUGGACAAUCUGGAAUGGAUGGCUGGCUACUCGGAGAAGUUUGGGCUGCAUUUCGUGGACUUUGAUGAUCCUCAGAGACCCAGGACUCCGAAGGCCUCGUCUCGGUUCUUCAGACAACUCAUCCGAGAUAACGGGUUCAUCGAGGAGAACCUGUGCGAAUAUUGAGGCUCUCGUCCAAUAAAACGUUUCUGGGACCAAAACAUCUUCCGAUCACGUCGGAUAUGGUUGGUUGUGUUGACCAGAACAAGCGACAGGAGUGGAA